ACUGCUCCGCCGCUAAACAAGGAAUGUGCGAAAACGGCGCAGCUCAUUUCGUUCAUUGAACCAGAAACCGAGUUGUAGGAGUUUGUGUCGGGGUUUGUGCGUGCGUGUGUCUGUGUGAGUGAGAGAUCGAAGCUUUGUGCCACGAUGAGAUGAGUAAAGACGAAGACAGGUUCACGUGUAACGUGAGGAUUCAUGUGAGAUCAGCGCUCCAGCCGUCUCCUACACACUCAGAACCGAGAUACAGAAGAAGCAGCGUCUUUUGUUCGAUUUUGCACUAAAGUGUGUGUGUAAGAGAGAAGGAGAAAUUUUGGCUGGUUGUGAUCUCUCUGCGUGAACCGGGUCAGGAUGCAGGUGUCGUUCGUGUGCACGGACCACCGCUCGAUGAGCCGCAGCACAGACGAGCGUCUGAACCGGCAGAACGCCAGCAGCCCAAACGCCGGCACGCGCAGCAAGUUCAGAGCCGUUGCCAUGGUGGCGCGCAGUCUCGGGCAGCUGUCAGUUCAGAGCGUGCCAUCCUCCAGUGACCAGAGCAUGAGGACCGGCAUGAAGUAUAGAAAUCUCGGGAAGUCUGGGUUGAGGGUGUCGUGCCUCGGGUUAGGAACAUGGGUAACAUUUGGUGGUCAAAUCACAGACGAGAUGGCCGAACAGCUGAUGACUCUGGCAUACGAGAACGGGAUCAAUCUGUUCGACACGGCUGAGGUCUACGCUGCAGGAAAGGCUGAGGUGGUGCUGGGCAACAUCAUAAAGAAAAAAGGAUGGAGACGUUCCAGUUUAGUGAUCACCACAAAAAUCUUCUGGGGUGGAAAGGCAGAGACUGAAAGAGGACUUUCCAGGAAACAUAUAAUAGAAGGAUUAAAAGCUUCUCUGGAGAGGUUGCAGUUAGACUACGUGGACGUUGUGUUUGCGAACAGACCCGACCCCAACACACCCAUGGAAGAGACGGUGCGAGCGAUGACCCAUGUGAUCAACCAGGGGAUGGCCAUGUACUGGGGCACGUCCCGCUGGAGUCCCAUGGAGAUAAUGGAAGCGUACUCGGUGGCCCGGCAGUUUAACCAGAUCCCGCCCAUCUGCGAGCAGGCAGAGUAUCACAUGUUCCAGAGAGAGAAGGUCGAAGUGCAGCUGCCUGAGCUCUUUCAUAAGAUUGGUGUAGGGGCGAUGACGUGGUCCCCGCUGGCCUGCGGGAUCAUCUCAGGGAAAUACGACAGCGGCGUUCCUCCGUACUCUCGCGCCUCUCUGAAGGGCUACCAGUGGUUGAAGGACAAGAUCUUGAGCGAGGAGGGCCGGCGUCAGCAGAUGAAGCUGAAAGAGCUGCAGGCCAUCGCCGAGCGGCUGGGGUGUACGCUGCCACAGCUCGCCAUCGCAUGGUGCCUAAGGAAUGAAGGAGUCAGCUCGGUGCUCUUAGGAGCCUCCAACAGCGAACAGCUCAUGGAGAAUAUAGGUGCGAUACAGGUCCUUCCGAAGUUGUCGUCCUCCAUCGUGCACGAGGUGGACAGCAUACUGGGGAACAAGCCCUACAGUAAAAAGGACUAUCGCUCCUAGUGUGUGUGUGUGUGUGUGUGUGUGUGUGUGUGGAGCCCAGGGGCUGCCAUGCACUGAGCCCCCUUUGCCUGUUUCUCCGUUUGCUUGAGCUUUUACUGAAUGAGUAAACAGCGCAUGAGACCGGCAGGUCCACCCCGAGCCUGCAGGGGGAUCCCUUGUAAAAACAUACAGGGAACAUUGAAACUAAACAUCAAAAUAAUACACACAUGGGCUUUCAAAAGGGAAAAAAAAAAGAAAUUAACAAAAAGAAAAGAGCUAGACCUUCAUACCUGGGGGAUAAAUAGCUUUUAAUAGAAAGCUGAAAAAAUAAGAGAGGGAGAAAAAAAUAGCACCUGCUUGCUUGGCUGUAGGAAAUACUCGGUUUUCCUCUGCGCGUUGUUUUUAAUACUCCGAUGCAUAUUUGACCAAAAAUAAAGAAAAAUCACAAAAAAAAAAAUCGAAUAGAUCUCUAUAUGAACGCAGCACUUAACUUUUAUGGUUGGUUGCACAUCUCCCAUAGUCACUCAUGAGGUCCGUCUCUCCAAAACCAUUCACUGUGUCGUCUGCGUCAUGAUUGCACACACCCCCUUCGCAGAUGAGCCAAUCAGCACUUUAAUAACAGUCCGUUUGAGGGAGUGGCUAUGGGAGGCACCGGCGUCUAAACUGAUACACAAGCAUCGUUUUAGGGUUUUUUUUUGGGGGGGGGGGGGGGUUAUUUUUUCCUUUUCUCGGUGCAUCCGGUCCCACCUCAGAGUAGCGGUUAUCUUAAUGUCACAAAGUAAAUAAAAACUGGACCUGCGUUCAUCCGUUAGUGCGUUCAUGCUAAUCCAGUGGCGUCCUGGACCUCCCUCUCGCCUGCUGCGUACGAGCGUACGCUCAGGAACGUCUUUGAAUGUGUUGACCCGCACACGAGCGCAUGCUGAGUCUCGUCACCAGACGCCGGAGGUUAACGUUAAAGCUUCAGCGUCGACAUACAUGGCUAAAGCCAAAGAUCUGUCCCGGCUCCGUCUGUAACGUCUCCCUGUCUCGCCCCCAUCUUAAGCUCAUCUGUAAGAGCAUGCACUUCCUCUUAUUCACUCACUUUAUAUACAUCAUAUAUCAUGUAUAUCUCUUCCCGUGUAUACUCGCCAAGAGACUUAGAUAUGUAGGUAUUAACACCAAUAUAUAUUUGCAUCCUGUAUCUUAGGAAUGUCAUUAGAUCUUUUCUACACCGUAUACCACAAAAAAUUUACGAGCCAUUCUCUCCGACUUGCAGUGAAAAUUUUCCUCCAACUGCAUGACGUCUACUCCCAACCCCAGGCAUGUGCACUCUUCAGCCAUUAUGCAAGGGGUGCGUGUGUGUGUGUGUGUGU